CUUGGUCCCAGCCAGGCUUUUCCCAGAGAGCUCAAAGCAAGAAAAAGGGCCGAGAUGUCGUCCCAGGCAGCAGGGAACCAGACCUCGGCUGGGGCCGUGGAUGACUACGCCAGCUGGUACAUAGAUGAGCCCCAGAGUGGCGAGGAGCUCCAGCCCGAGGGGGCGGUGCCCUCCUGCCACCCCAGUGUGACACCCGGCCUGUACCACGCCUGCCUGGCCUCGCUGUCAAUCCUUGUGCUGCUGCUGCUGGCCGUGCUGGAGAGGCGCCGCCGGCUCUGGCCCGACUGUGGGCACGGCAGGCCUGGCCUACCCAGCCCUGUGGAUUUCCUGGCUGGGGACGGCCCCCGGGCCGCGCCUGCCGCUGUCUUCACGGCCCUCCUCAGCUCCCUGUGCCUGCUGCUCACUGAGGACCCGCUGCCCUUCCUGGCCCUCGCCUCAUCCCCCAGCCCAGAUGGGAAAACUGAGACUCUAAGAGGGCCCUGGACAAUGCUGGGUCUGCUGUACUGCGCUGCCCUCUACUACCCCCUGGCCGCCUGUGCCACGGCUGGCCACAGAGCUGCACACCUGCUCGGCAGUGCCCUGUCCUGGGCCCACUUCGGGGUCCAGGUCUGGCAGAGGGCAGAGUGUCCUCAGGCACCCAAGGUCUACAAGUACUACUCCCUGCUGGCCUCCUUGCCUCUCCUCCUAGGCCUUGGAUUCCUGAGCCUCUGGUACCCGAUGCAGCUGGUGAGGAGUUUCAGCCACAGGACAGGAGAAGGCUCCCAGGGCUGGCAGAGCAGGGAAUCUGAGGAAUACCUGAAAAGCGUCCUUCGCCGGAAGAAGCUGGACAACAGCUCCCACACUUCCAAGCGAGGCUUCCUGUCCUGGGCCUGGAUCUGCCUCAGACGCUGGGUCUACACUCCACCGCGAGGAUUCCGCCUCCCCUUGAAGCUGGUGCUUUCAGUCACUCUGACAGGGACAGCCAUUUACCAGGUAGCCCUACUGCUGUUGGUGGGUGUGGUGCCCACCAUCCAGAAGGUGAGGGCAGGGGUCACCACGGACGUCUCCUACCUGCUGGCCGGCUUUGGAAUCGUGCUCUCGGAGGACAGGCAGGAGGUGGUGGAGCUGGUGAAACACCAUCUGUGGGCUCUGGAAGUGUGCUACAUCUCGGCCUUGGUCCUGUCCUGCUCACUUACCUUCUUGGUCCUGAUCCGCUCACUGGUGACACACAGGGUCAAUCUUCAAGCCCUUCACCGGGGGGCUGCCCUGGACUUGGGUCCCCCGCUCCGGAGCCCCCGACCCUCCCGCCAAGCCACAUUCUGCUGGAUGAGCUUCAGCGCCUACCAGACUGCCUUCACCUGCCUUGGCCUCCUGGUGCAGCAAGUCAUCUUCUUCCUGGGGACCACAACCCUGGCCUUCCUGGUGCUGGUGCCUAUGCUUCACGGCAGGAACCUCUGGCUCCUGCACUCCCUGGAGUCCUCGUGGCCCUUCUGGCUGACCUUGGCUCUGGCUGUGAUCCUGCAGAACAUGGCAGCCCACUGGGUCUUCCUGGAGACUCAUGAUGGACACCCAGAGCUGACCAACCGGCGGGUGCUGUACGCGGCCACUUUUCUCCUCUUCCCCCUCAACGUGCUGGUGGGCGGAGUCGCGGCUGUCUGGAGAGUGCUCCUCUCUGCCCUCUACAACACUGUCCACCUGGGCCAGAUGGAUCUCAGCCUACUGCCCCAGAGGGCAGCCACGCUGGACCCUGGCUACCGCACAUACCGAAACUUCCUAAAGAUCGAGGUCAGCCAGUCACACCCUGCUGUGAUGGCCUUCUGUACCCUGCUUCUGAGACCUCGGAGCCCCCGACCCCGGACCCCAGUGGACUUCCAGAACAGCCUCAGACCAGGGGAGGAAGAAGAAGGGAUGCAGCUGCUGCAGACAAAGGACCUCAUGGCCAAGGGGGCAGGGUCCAGGGCCAGACGCAGCAGGGUCCGCUGGGGUCUGGCCUACACACUGCUGUACAACCCAGCCCUGCAGGCCUCCCGGAAGGUGGCCCUGGCAGGCACUCGGGCCAACGGCACCCAGCCCUGA